UUCCAAAAAUUGUGAACUUCCUUAACUAUAUGUAUUUUCUUCUCCCUCUUUCACUUCAUGUUUGUUCCGUGAUUCAUUUCCUCUCUAUUAUUUUAUAUAGUCAAUCUCUUGAUCCUUAGCACAAAAUAUAAAAUUCCUUUAAUUAAUUCAUUCUUGGUAGUCUCUUUGCCAUGGAGAUCAUGAAGGCUAGUUUCAUUUGCAUUUUCUUGAUUUUCCUCCUCAUUGCUCCUUGUUCUUCUUCUUCAGGGAAAAUGGAUUUGUUAAAGAUGGAUUCACAAAUUUAUGAAAUUGAUUAUAGAGGUCCAGAAACUCAUACUUACAUUCCUCCACCAAAAGGAUCAAGGGGAAAACAUAACUUUCAUCAUCAAAGCAUGUUAAAACAUCAUCGCAAAUUCAAGGGAUUAGUGAAAGCUAGCAAACCUGGAGAAAUUAGUGGGAAGAAAAUUCAUGGAUGAAUGUAUAAGAAAAUUGAUGUGUUUGGUGGAGUUUGUUUUUGGAAAUUUUGAUGAACAAUCAAGAAGUGUGUGUUUCUGUAGUUUGGAGAUACAUAUUAAAUGCAUUAGAAUAUAAUGUGGUUUUUAUUUCUUUCAUUUAUAAUAUAUCUCCCAAAAUUUGUAUAAAUGAGGCUUGUAAGACUUGGAUUAUUGCUAUUGUAUCCAUUAUAAUUAUUUUGCUCUAUUU